CCCUCCAACUGAAUGGCUGUCAUUUGCACACACACACACACAACUGCAGUACCACCAUAAAUAAAACCAUGAAUGAACCAUCUCUGUUUCUCCAGUAUCUGCAACAACAAUGGCGACCUUGCAAACCAUAGCCUUCUCCUCACCACUCUCUCAUCAUUCUCCUCAACAACCUCUUCGUCUUCAUCCAGGGAUGAAAUCAGGAACUGUUUGGCACAGUUCACGUUCAUCAUUCAGCGGACAAGCAUUGACCACACCAAUUUCAAGGCAGAAUCGGACCCUUAAAACCUCUCGCGCAUUUACACUUACUAUACAAAUGGUCAAACCAACAAUUCAGUUCAUACCAGGUAGAGACGAACAGACAAUACCAGACGUGAAGCUAACAAAAUCAAGAGACGGAACAAACGGUAUGGCCAUAUUCAGGUUUGACCAACCAUCUGUGUUUGACUCGUCCGGUGAAGUUGGAGACAUUACCGGAUUCUACAUGAUUGAUGACGAAGGGACCCUUCAAUCGGUUGAUGUUAGUGCAAAAUUCGUGAACGGUAGACCAGCAGGGAUUGAAGCAAAAUACGUGAUGCGGACUCCAAAGGACUGGGACCGGUUCAUGCGGUUCAUGGAGCGCUAUGCUAAUGUCAACGGCUUGCAGUUCGUCAAAAGUUAAAAAAAAGUCAACGUAUAUACCGUACCCUCUCCCUUACCCGCCACUCUUGCUGCGAUUGUGUUUUUCGUUACUGUAAUUAGGUCAUUGAAAUGUGACAUAUUUGAGAUAUCAUCUAGUGGCAUACAUAGACCUAAUGUGAGUACUAUCUAAUGACCAUUCACAUUCCAAUUCAUAAAGUUUCAAUUUUGUUUUCUAAAA